AUGAAUCUCAACUUGUCGGCCUCCGUCAACGUCUUCCGUCUGCUGGCGAGGCCGGCGUUGUGCCUGCCUCAUGGCGUGGUGGCGACAUUCAACGACAUUCCCAUUCCGCUCGACAGUGCGUUUGUAGCUCGGACGGGCGGCCGCAAGCCCGAGAUCAAGGCCGUCGUGCUCGACAAGGACGACUGCUUUGCCUUUCCCGAGAGCAGCGAGGUGUAUCCGGCAUAUGAGCAACACUUUAAGAAACUGCGCGAGGCGUACCCCGGCCGGAAGCUUCUCAUCGUGUCUAACACGGCGGGCGCACUGAGCCACGACAAGGACCGCAGUCUGCUGGCGACCGUGGAGGCGAGCACAGGCGUCGCGGUGCUGCCCCAUGCGACCAAGAAGCCCGGCUGUGGCGACGAGAUCAUGGCCUACUUUCGUGCGCACCCAGAAACAGGCGUGACAGCACCCAACCAGAUUGCCGUCGUCGGCGACCGGCUGACAACGGAUAUGAUGCUGGCCAACACAAUGGGCGGUUGGGGAUUGUGGGUGCGUGAGGGUGUCGUGGCGCCUCGGAAGAAGAGUGUGUUUGCUCGCUUGGAACGACGGCUCGCCGACUCACUGACAGCGCGCGGUUACGAAGCACCACUGCCAUCAAGUCCAUUUGAAUAA